GCGACGAAAGGUUUUUGUCAGACGUGGGAAGAGGCGAGAGAAGUGUUGCAUUGCCUAGGGGUUUUCAAGUUUAGGGCUGGGGGUGGUGAUUGUUGCUCGAAAGCUCGGAGGUGUUCGGGUGAAUACGGUCCCCCGCUUUCCUGGAAGAGGCUGGAACGCGCUCGGAGGUGUAUCCUGUGCGUUACCUGACUGGGGAUUCCAAAUCUAGUUCUGUCGUUUUCAACUUUAAACAGAUAAACAUGGAGGCACCUCCAGUCACCAUGAUGCCUGUCACCGGGGGCACCAUUAACAUGAUGGAGUACCUGCUGCAGGGAAGUGUUUUAGAUCACAGCUUGGAAAGCCUCAUCCACCGCCUUCGUGGUUUAUGUGACAACAUGGAACCCGAGACUUUUGUUGACCACGAGAUGGUAUUCCUCCUUAAGGGCCAGCAGGCCAGUCCAUUUGUUCUAAGGGCCCGACGCUCUCUGGAUAGGGCAGGGGCACCCUGGCAUCUUCGCUACCUGGGACAGCCAGAGAUGGGAGACAAGAACCGCCAUGCCCUGGUGCGUAACUGCGUAGACAUUGCAACAUCUGAGAACCUCACUGACUUCCUCAUGGAAAUGGGCUUUCGCAUGGACCACGAGUUUGUUGCCAGGGGACACUUGUUCCGGAAAGGCAUCAUGAAGAUCGUGGUAUACAAGAUCUUCCGCAUCCUGGUGCCAGGGAACACAGACAACACUGAGGCCUUGUCACUGUCCUAUCUCGUGGAACUAAGCAUUGUUGCACCGGCUGGGCAGGACAUGGUCUCUGAUGACAUGAGGAACUUUGCAGAGCAGCUGAAACCUCUGGUUCACCUCGAGAAAAUAGACGCCAAAAGGCUCAUGUGACUAAGACAGUCUGUCCACUGGGGCUUGUCCUCAGCUGUUAUAAGAAAAGAUGUUAUAACUGCCCCAUUUCACCACUGCCAGCCAUGCAUUCUUCCCUCAGGAUGGAAGCCAGUGAGAACUCAGUUGUUUUUGCACUGGUUUCCUCAUAUGGCCAGUUCACUUUUGUGACAGGCUUUCUAACUUAAAUGCUAAGAAUAACGUGGAGAAUCUAGAUCAUCCUUCUGCAGGAAGAAGGGAAACUGGACUAAAGUAGCUUUCGGGAAGAAAACUUUUUAUGUAUAAGGUUUGUAAAAUAGAGACCAAGUUUGUAUUGUGCAGUAAUAAAAGCGUGAGGAGAAAUGUCUCCCAUUCUGAUUCUUUACCGUACUACCCUACUAAUUUGGGAUGGACUCAUCACCAACUGGAGCAAAUAAUAUGACAGUGUUUUGUUUUAAAUUUGGUAAAUUAUAGAUAGCUUUUACCUUUUGUACGGGUAGCACGUGUUUGUUGUGGAAAAAAUUAAAUACAGACACAAAUAAGGAAGAUAAUGUAUAAUCCUGUUAUUUAAGGAGAUGUGCUGGGUUUUGUGUGUUUUUUGGUGUGCCUCAUGCAUGGCAUGCAGGAACUUAGUUCCCAAACCAGGGCUCAAACCCCUGCCCCCUGUAGUAGAAGCAGUUUCCUAACCACUGGACCACCAGGGAAGUCCUGAGAUGUAUAGUUUCUAUUCUGUUUUAUAUCCUUCUAGGCUUUAUUUUUAGAAAUGUAUAUAUAUGAGAUAUAUUUUAGAAAAAUAUUGUGUAUAUACUGGCUUAUAAUCAUUUUUGAAAAUCAGUAACAUUUUUCUAGGAUAUUAGGCUACAGUGUUCCUCUGCUUAAAAAAAGUUUUUAUUGAAUUCUUAUUAUGUGUCAGUGUUAUCCUAAGUGCUUUAGGUAUGUUUAUUAACUUAACCCUCACAACGACCUGUAUUUUGCAGGGAAACUGAGGUGCAAAGAGAGUAAUUAGCUUUCCCUGAGCAAUUCAGCUACAAAUGAGCAGAGUUUGUAUUUAAAUAUUGAUAAUUGUAAUCAUUAUUUGUAUCCUAUCAUUAGGAUUUUCCAAAACUUAAUUGUUUCCUCUACUUUGGGAUUUUUAGUUAGAUCCCAUGUUUUUGCUUUUAUAAACUAUCCGGUGUUGCUAGUACUUUUAAUUAGAUAUUUUUUGUCAUGUGUGAUCAUUCUUUAGGAUAAAUUCUAGGGAACUGCUGGGCCAGAGAGUACACACUGUUUUAAGUCUUCUGCCAUGCAUUGCCAAAUGCCUUCCAGAAAUGUUUCAAUUUCCACUCCUACCAGUUGUAAAUGAGGUUUCCAACACAGUUGCCAAAACUGGGUGUGACCAU